CCUAACUCUCGCAGGGAAGCUGAUUGGUCGGCUUCCGCGGCGGCGCUUGCGACUGCCGCCUCGGUCUGAGGGAAGAUGGAAGAGCUGAGUAAUGCCCUGGCUAGUAGCUUUUCUGUGUCUCAAGAUCUGAAUAGCACAGCGGCCCCACACCCUCGCCUGUCACAAUACAAGUCCAAGUACAGUUCCUUGGAGCAGGGUGAGCGGCGGCGCCGGUUACUGGAACUGCAGAAAUCCAAGAGGCUAGAUUAUGUCAAUCAUGCCAGAAGAUUGGCAGAAGAUGACUGGACAGGUAUGGAGAGUGAAGAAGAAGAAAAGAGAGAUGAUGAAGCAAUGGACAUUGACACUGGCAAGAAGUUGCCAAAGCGCUAUGCUAAUCAAUUGAUGCUGUCUGAGUGGUUAAUUGACGUUCCUUCAGAUUUGGGACAGGAAUGGAUUGUGGUCGUGUGCCCUGUUGGGAAAAGAGCCCUGAUCGUGGCCUCCAGGGGUUCCACCAGUGCCUACACCAAGAGCGGCUACUGUGUCAACAGGUUUUCUUCCCUUCUGCCAGGAGGCAAUAGGCGAAACUCAACAACAGCUAAAGACUACACCAUUCUAGAUUGCAUUUACAGCGAGGUAAAUCAGACCUACUACGUUCUGGAUGUGAUGUGCUGGCGAGGACACCCUUUCUAUGACUGCCAGACUGAUUUCCGGUUCUACUGGAUGCAUUCAAAGUUACCAGAAGAAGAAGGAUUGGGAGAGAAAACCAAGCUCAAUCCUUUUAAAUUUGUGGGGCUAAAGAAUUUUCCUUGUACUCCUGAGAGCCUGUGUAAGGUGUUGUCUAUGGAUUUCCCUUUUGAGGUAGAUGGACUUCUCUUCUACCAUAAGCAGACCCACUAUAGCCCUGGAAGCACUCCCUUGGUGGGCUGGCUGCGCCCCUACAUGGUGUCUGAUAUUCUUGGUGUGGCUGUGCCAGCUGGACCACUGACCACUAAGCCAGACUAUGCGGGACACCAGCUCCAACAGAUUAUUGAGUACAAAAGGAGCCAAGAGAGUAUGAAGGAGAAACUCACACACAAGUCUUCUGAGAAUGGGCGCUAUGAGCUGGAGCACCUGUCUACCCCUAAGCUGGAGAGUCCUCCCCACAGCCCAGGCUGCCCUGGGAGCCUCAUGGACAACUAAGGCAGGCAGCCUGGGCAGAGGGGGCCAGUGAUGAUAACAGGUGACUUUAUCUGAGAGUGUACUUUCCAGAACACUCCUGCUGUAAACACCUUAUUCCUGGGUGGCUCAGACAGUUGGGAAAGGGUCCCUACUUGGUUGGAAUUCAGGUUGGUAUAAACAGCUCCUGCUGUGGUAAGUGUAUGCCAGAUCCACAAUGUAAAUAUAUUUAAUUUUUAAGAAA